UUUUAAACUUUACAGAUUAGAGAAGUCACACAGAUAUAACCAGAGCAGGUGUUACACAGCGGCUGACUGGACUGGAAGAAAUAUUUGCUCCAAGGAAACAUGGCAUCCCAUGGUAUUCAGAUACCUGCCAGCACUGAAGUGUCUGAUAUUCCUUAUGGACUUUCUGUCUUUAGAACAUUCCCAUACGCUUUUAUUUUACCAGAACUGAUAUUCGGUUCAUGGGUUUGGAUCUUGGUUGCUGCUGUCAGAGUAAGUCAAGUCUUGAGCCAAGGAUGGGUUAUGUAUGUUGCAGUGUCUUCAUUUUUCUUCUCGUUGAUUCUUCUCAUGGUCUACGUGUUUGGAUUUCACAGAAACAACUGUGGCACCUGGAAAAUAGUGGAUGUUAUUUACCAUGGAAUUACAGCCAUUUUCUACCUAAGUGCCGCUGUCCUGCAAGCUAAUGCAACAAUAUGGUGCAAUAUCAAUAUCCCUGCUGGUUCUACACCUCAAUGCAGCGUAGUCAACUAUCAUCUGAAUGCUGCUGCUACGAUCUUUGCUUUUAUAACAACGCUACUUUACGUUCUGCACAACUUCCAAAAUUUUAUUCGAUGAGCAUAACAGGACAACACAAAAGAAGAAUAAAUCUAUCGAUUGGAUGGAAUAUGAAAUUUAUCUUACAGAGCACUUCUGGAAACCAUUGCUUACUGUGACAAGCUUUAAAGUUAUUUCCAUCGUUAUUAAUGAUUCCUAUAAAUUAAGUUAUUAUUUAUGUUGCUGAAACUUGUAAAAUGCUAACAGUCACCCAGAACAUACUAGAUGAUGCAAAGUAAAUGGAUUUAUAUUUUCUGAUAAGGGAUCCUGGACGGUUUUUGUCACAAAUUCUAACAGAAGUAUGAUUAUAUCUGCGUUGUAACAAAAUUAAAACAAGGAUUUUACUGUCUGUUUUCUCUUCUCCAAGACCAGAGGAAACCAGUCAACAAUGAAAUCCAGCCCAUAGACACUAUGCAUAUAUUAUAUUAACGAUACAAGAGAAGUAUUAUUAAAAACACUAUUUUCUUUCUUUGAGCACUUUUCACUGUAUUUUAUUCUGUGCUAAUAUUAUAUUUAUAUUUUUUUCAUACUUAAAUUGACUUUAACUAUACACUCUUCAGCUUGUAA